UAAUUUUAAUAACACACAAAAAAGAACAAUAAAUAGUAUUAGACAGCUUGUUUACUUUUUAGUUUUUUUUUGUUAAUUUUCUUUUUAUAAAAAAAUAUAAAUAUUAUUGACUUUCGUACUUAAAAAUGUCCUCCGCAGCACCAACUCCUAAUAGUGGUGACAAUAGACAAGUACCACCUCCACCACCUGCUGGUCUAAAAGCUUUAAUUGAUAUGUUACAAUGUGUGUAUCCUGAUCAACCGAAUCCUUUGCAAGUAACCACAUUACUCAAGUAUUGGCUAGGUGGACAGGAUCCUUUGGAUUAUAUAAGCAUGUACAAUAACAAAGGUGAUCCUGCUAAAGGUAUACCACCGCAUUGGCAUUAUGUCAGUUUUGGUCUUAGUGAUUUACAUGGCGAUGGAAGAGUGCAUGUUCUAGAAAAUGAUAAUCCGGAAAUGAAUUUGUGCUCAGGCAUGGGUUUUGAAUUGACUUUCCGCUUACAAAAGACACAGGAAGAGUUAAGAGAAGAACAAGAGAAUCCGGAUAAACCAAGACGACCACCGACUUGGCCAGCAAAUCUUUUGCAGUCUAUAGCGCGCUACUGCUUCCAAACUGGCAACAGUUUGUGUUUUGGUGAUAAUAUACCUUGGCGUAAAAGCCUUGAUGGUAAAAGUAGUUCACGUUUACAAAAUAUUCUUAUAGCCCAAGAUGCCCAACUUGGCACACUGGAAACACCUUUUGGCAUGGUCGAUUUUUGUCAAAUAGUUGGUGUCACAGAUGAAGAACUUGAACAAGCAUCACGUUGGAAUGGGCGUGGUGUAUUAAACUAUUUGAGGCAAGACAUACAAACCGGUGGCGAUUGGUUAGUUACCAAUAUGGAACGCAUCCUUAGUGUAUUUGAACUAUUUCCUGAACGUUUAAUUUCACUACAAGACGAUCUUGAAAAACAAGGUUCAGAUCUAGCUGGGGUUAAUGGUGAGUUUACGUUUCGGGAAGUGGCACGCAUGCAACAAAUGCCAGAACAAGAAAUUAAACAAGAAAUCGAUUUUAAAACUCUAAAUGCACAAUGCAUGUCUGAUGAAAACAACCGGAGUAUGCAACAAAUUCAACAAGAUGCACAACAGAUUAAACGUGAAGAAGGUCCCACUUUUCCAGCGUCUAUGUCCAUGAGCAGCAGUUCCUUGCACAAAUCAUGCCCUCUGGACUAUCAACCACAAGCACCAGAAUCUAUAUCACUAGAUGGCAUUGAAAUUACACUAGCUCCCUAUGCCGCCAAAUAUUUAAUGUUGGCCAUUAAAGAUCGAAUACGCCAUGGCCGUCAUUUUACUUUCAAGGCCCAACAUUUAGCUCUGACUUUAGUUGCUGAAUCGGUUACGGGCUCUUCUGUUAGUAAGACAUCGCCUUAUGGUAUCAUUGGCUAUUGGAUUCAAGUUCUAAUACCCGAUGAUCUGGUGCCGCGUAUGAUGGCCGAUUUUCAAAGUGCUAAUUUGGAUGGAAGCGCUGAGGUACAGCAGCGUUUAGAAUUUGAAUGGCCAGAUAAACAUUUAAAAAUAGUUAUUGAUCAGCCGAGUGUGCACAUGAUACCGCCAACUCCUAACAAUCUCUAACUAGUAUUUUAAGUAAACGAAAUCUCUAUACAUAAAUAUAUAUUUUAUAUAUAAUAUUAUUUUAUUACAUUUCUUAGUAAUCCCAAAUACUCCCAUUUUUAAAACAAAAUUAUCGACUUUUUAUUGGAAACUCUUACUUUUACUUUUUUAGAAAAUAUAUGCAUUUUUAUUACUUUUUUAAUAAAAAUUAA